CUCAUCAAGCAACACCGAAGAGCAUGUAGAUGAUGAACCAGAGGACGCCUCAAAUGAGGAACCGAUGGAGAAUGGUUCCAAUGGUACGUUAAGGAGGAAAAGAAAUUGGUACAAGCUCCAUCAGAAGCAAGCUGCGUACGUAAUGCUUCUAGAGAGGACCUCUGCUGGGGUGUUAAGUCGAGGGGUGUCUGAGGAGGUGUCUGCACUAACAAAGAUCCCUGUACGUACAUUGGUGAAUUGGUGGACAAAGUGCAAAACACUUGGACUGGAAGGACUUGAAAGCAAACGUGGAAAUUCGGGACGGCAGAGAUUACCGUUUGAUGCGGAGGCUAUCAAACGGGUGGAUUUGAGUAAAAGGACUACCCUUCGAGAUUUAGCAAUUGAACUGAACAUGUCAAAGACUACAUUAUGGCGACGUCUGAACGAGGGUUUGUUUAGGCGUCACACAAAUGCCAUCAAGUCCACGUUGACGGAUGAUAACAAGGUAGCUCGUGUAAGAUUUUGUUUAUCCAUGUUUGAACACAUUAUAGACUUUGAGGACUCAAAUUUUAAACAAAUGUAUAAUGUGAUACACAUCGAUGAGAAAUGGUUUUACCGCACACGCGGUAGCCAGAAUUAUUACUUGGCUCUUGGCGAAGAGGAUCCAUACCGUAGCACGCAAAGCAAAAACUUCAUUGAGAAGGUCAUGUUCUUGGCAGCCGUCGCUCGUCCACGAUUUGAUGCUAAUGGCAAUGUGAUUUUCGAUGGAAAACUUGGAAUAUGGCCGUUCACGUACCAAGAAGCGGCAAAGAGAAACAGCAAGAACAGAGAAGCUGGAACAAUGGUCACUAAGGUACUCCCAGCGGUUACCCAAAGUGUAAGCAGGGAUUACAUGAUUAAUUUUCUGCUACCGGCAAUAAAGCAGAGAUGGCCUGCAUCCGAGCGUGGAACGACAAUCUGGAUUCAACAAGAUAAUGCAAAAACGCAUAUCCCUGUGGAUGACCCAGAAUUUGUCGCUGCGGCUCAAGCUGAUGGUUGGGACAUCCGCCUCACAUGCCAGCCUCCGAACUCCCCUGACCUAAAUAUCCUUGACCUUGGGUUUUUUGCAGCGCUUCAAUCAAUUUUUCACAAGUUAUCUCCAGGAUCUAUUGAAGACAUUGUCAACAAGGUGCAGCAGGCCUUCGAAGAGUACCCAGCAGAACGAAGCAAUAGAAUCUUCCUGACGUUGCAAGCUUGCAUGCGCGAAGUACUUAUUCAGCUGGGAGGCAACCGAUAUAAAGUCCCCCACAUGAGGAAGGAGGUUUUACAAAGGCUCGGAACUCUCCCAGUGACAUUACAAUGUACUGCAAAUUUUGUGAAGUGGGCGAUUGACUCCUUGCCAGAUGCUUAGUCAUAGUUUAUGAGCUUAGGCCUAUGGUGUUAUUUCUUGUUUGCAACUCUUCAAUAUCCAUGCAAGGUUUUUAGCUGUAAUCGUUUGUUUGCCUUUUCAACGCUGAAAUUGU